UUAUUUUUACAAAUUUGUUGAUUUGUGAUUGAUUCAUAUUUAUUAUUAUUAAUCCUUUUUUUAGUUUGUAUAAGAUGAGUAUACCCGAAAAUGCUUCAAAACUUAGUCCGGAUGAAAUUUAUGAUAGACUAAAGGGUUGCAUUUUUGGUGCUGCACUUGGCGACGCCGUAGGUUUAGCCACUGAGUUUUUAUCAAAAAGUAAAGCCAGAGAAUUAUAUGGUAUCGGGCCAAUAUCAUUUGGAUCAGAUAAAGGGUAUGAAUUUCACAGAGAUUAUCACCGAAGAAGAUGGGAUGAUGGUGAUUGGACUGAUGAUACAGAUCAACAACUUCUUAUAAUUGAUUCAUUAAUUGCAACAAAUGGGUUAUUCAAUUCUCGUGAUUUCGCGCAUCGAUUAAGUAAAUGGGUUAAUAAAGGAUAUCCAGAACUUAAUAACAAACCACCUUUUGGUAUAGGGAAAACUGUUGGAACCGUUUUGAGUCAUUCCAAGUUUGAAGCUAAACCUCAUCGUGCAUCAUGGGAAGUUUGGGUUCGAUUUAAUCGUAAUAUGGCUGCCAAUGGUGCACUAAUGCGAACUGCUGUAUUAGGUGCACCAUUCUUUUGGGAUGAGAAACAAGUGAUAAAACAAACCUUACAGGCAACGAAAGUUACUCACGCUGAUCCAAGAUGUUGUGUAUCAAGUUUAAUUGUAACAAAUUUAAUUUCAAGAUUAUUAAAAGAUAAUACACAAGAUAUCUUACCUGACCUAGAUGAUGAAACAAAAAAGGAGAUAUUAAAAUGGACACAAUCUGGAAAUCCGGAUAAUCAAUCGGAUUUGGAUAUUGAUUCAGAGGAUCCUCCAUCUGUGAUUAAAUCGCGUCACGUAAAAAAGAAAAGUAUUAUUGGUAAAAUAAUCAAUAAAGUUAGUUCAAAAGGAAAUAAUAGUGAGACUAAUUACAUAAUAAGGAGAAAUAGUGAUAAACUAAAACAAAAUAAUCCCCGUGAAGUUGUCAAAAUUCCUGAAAAUCCACCUCCUGGAAUUGAUACGUUUGGAGCUGAUCCUGUUAUGUCUGCAUUUGUUCGCUCCGUUGUGGAACGUUAUAAAUUUAUUACUAAUUCAGUUUCAGUUGAACAACAACCCGAGAAGUCACUUACAAAUUUUCAAGUUGAUAUUGGUGAAGAAGCUCUUUUAAAAUAUUGUUUUCCUGACAAUUUAGCAUCUCUUGAAUUAGAUGAAGGUUCUUCAAUUGGAUAUGUUUAUAAGUGUCUUGGAUCAGCAUUAUACUGUUUUACAAGAAAUUUGAAUCAACAACCAAGUGAGGGCGAGGCUUUUAAGACAAUUAUAACUGAAUUGACUUUGGAAGCUGGUGACUCUGAUACAAAUGGUGCUGUCGCUGGAGCUUUGUUGGGCGCUAGAAUUGGAUAUGAAAAAUUACCAAAAUCUUGGGUAGAUGGAUUAAAGUUUAAGUCAUGGUUAGAAGAUAGGGUUAAUAGUCUUUGGACUGUAGUUUCUGGCAAAGAAGAUUGGGUCGAAGUCGAUGAUUCAUAUAAAUCUAUUGAUGUUUCGCAAGGUUUAAAAAAAAAAUGAACAUGGUAUAAUAUAAUAGUAAAUUCACAAAGUGUAAUAUAUUAUAUUAUAUACUUCACAGUUUAUAUUAAUUUAAGUACUUAGUUUACAUUAAAUUUUUUUUCUUUUAAAUAAAAAUAUUUUAAACUA